AUUUUUUAUUUCUAACUUUAUGACAUCUCCAAUUUUAUUGUAGUUUGGGAACUACCUAAGUGUUGCUUAUUUGAACAUGUAUAUCAGAUCCACUCUGGGGGGAAAUCCUAACAAGUCAAUACCAGCAACUCCUCGGGACCGAGUGAGUAAAUUGAGCAGGAGACUAUCAAAAUCUGAUGCUGAUUCGACCUCGUCAUUGCAGAAUUCACGCAUUCCAGUUGAGAAAUCUCCAAGAUCUGUUACUUCCAAGCCUUCUGUGGAACGGCGGUCUCCUAAGAUCAGUACCCCAUCUGAUGCAUUUGUUCGGAGGAAGAGAACUGGCUAGCCCAAUAUGGUCAAGUUGAACAACCAGUUGAUGAUUCUCUGUCACAUAUUCGGGUUGUUGAUUUGUGGGAUUGGUUAAUGGUUAAAAAGAUCAGAGAAGGUCGAAAAAGAAGAGUGACCAGGCUGGUAGGAGUAGGACGACUGGUGAAGCCCACUGCUAAGCUGCAUCCAUCAAUGCCCUCGAGUGGCCAUUUACUUAAAACUGCUCCAGUAUGUGAAGUCCAUCUUGAUCUGGUACGAGUUACAUCAGGUUUGCAUUGUCAAACUUCUAUUUACAAGGGAACUUUUGCAUCCAGUUUGAUUACACUUAUCAGUUAUUGUUGACGUGUCUCUUUUUUGUUGAGGUUUAUAUAAAAAUCUGAAUUCACGUAAUUCCCUUAUAUAUGUCGGUCAAAUCAAUCUGUGAUCUUAUUUCCCUUUUAUAUGUCUAUUUAUUCAAUCUGUUAUCUUUUCAACCGAAACUUCCUUCUUGUUUGUUACAUGUGAGUGAACUCAUGCCUCCCUGGUGGCUGCCCUGCAAAACUAAAUGGACCAAUACUUUCUUUUCAAGUCCCAGUAUUCUUCAUGUAGAAAGGGAAAGAAAAUAUUUGGAAAGCUUGUUAGAAAAAGAAGCAGUUUUUUAGUCGAGCAAAUGUUGAGGACUGAAUAUGUGAAACAUGUUGUUUGUUGUGUAGAUUCGCUUAACAAUUUGGGUACAAUUGCGAGGUCCGGGAUAAAGGAGUUUAUGGAAGCUCUACAAACUGGGGCUGAUGUGAGCAUGAUUGGUCAAUUUGGUGGGGGUUUCUAUUCCGCUUACCUCGUAGCAGAGAAAGUUAUCGUAACAACCAAGCACAACAAUGAUAAGCAAUAUAGCUGGGAAUCACAAGUUGGUGGUUCAUUCACUGUUACAAGGGAUGUUAAUGGAGAGCAAUUAGGCAGAGGAACUAAAAUCACUCUCUUCCUCAAGGAAUAUCAGGAUCUAACUUGUCUGUCCAUCAAUGGUCUAAUUUCCGUCGACUUCAACUCAUGCUAUGUUAAUAUGGAAAGGAUUAAGCAUAUUGUGUAAUGAAACUAUGAUCAUUAUAGCAAUGAUUUAUGUAUAAUGUUCAGUGUGUUGGUAAAUGCUCACUAGUUCUCUAUUGAUAUUAGGAAAUUAUUGAUUUUUUUUUUUUAAAUGUAUACUUUUGCCACGGUUUGAACCAUGGCCAUCUUUAAUGUGAAUUGAACAUAUUAGCCACAGUUUCUCAUGUGGUUAAUUAGAAAUUAAAAUUUUAUUUCUUUAUUCCUGUCAAA